AUGUGCGCUUCCGUAGAAUAAUUCACAAUACACGCAAAAUUGGAAUGAAUAGACAUAGUUUGCGAUUGGUCCAGUUUUGGAUAAUUUAAUUACAAUAUAAUUUCUGUUUAUAUUUGUAUAGUUUGUUGGAUUAUAUAGCAGACGAAAUCGAAAGUGGAUGAGAGUAAUAUAAAACACAACAUACUGUGUCUACAUGCCGUGCAGCUUCGCGAAACAUGCACAAUGAACGCUUGAUCUGUUAUCGCAUACACGAGGCGUUCUGUGAAAUAUAAGCAUUCACGACAUCCUUUUCAUUAAUUAAGCGAAUAAUUGUAACAUAAACCGUGUGCGGAUAAUUAAUUACAUCAUAUUUGUUUUGGAAAAAUGGCGUUUACAAAAUAUCACCUCGUUGUUUUAUCCGCUGGAACCAUAGUGUUAUUGGUCGGGGUGCGGCUUUACUUCGACAGGGAAACUUACAUGAACUUGUAUAAAAGCGAGUUGGAGCGUUCCGGGACUGUCCGGACCAUACACCCGGAACCAGAAACGGACACGUCCGUAGAUGCUUUGGAAACCAUGGCAGCCAUGAUUCAGCAGCGGAAUAACAUCUCCAGAAUCCUUAAUUUGAAGCAACAGAAAAUAGGCCAGCUAGAAUGCGAGGCGACAGCUAAAGGCAAUGGCGAGAAGGUCUCCUCUACGGGCGGCUGGUGCGCUCAGACUAGCGUGGAGGACUCGGGGCAACAUAAGACUGACACCAAACUGGUUCCCGUACUGGCCGAGUUCUUCGAAGGCAAGUACGUGGGUUCGUUUGGUGAUGGUCCCGGGCGAUACAAACAACUGCUGCUUGAAACCAAGAAGUUGAAAGGCUACGAUGCGUAUGACGGGGCCCCGUUCAGUGAGAAGACUUCGGACGGUCGAGUGUCCUUCCUGGACCUGACCCUGCCGCAGUACGGGCUGCCGCUGUACGACUGGGUCAUGAGUCUGGAGGUCGCCGAGCACAUCCCGCAAGAUUACGAGGCCAUCUUCAUCGACAACAUCGUGAGGCACGCCAGGGAAGGCGUGGUUUUGAGUUGGGCUGUACCAGGUCAAGCUGGGUAUUCCCAUAUAAACAACAGACCUUUUGAAUACGUGAAAGACCUGUUCCACAGACUUGGGUUUGAACACGAUCCCGAGAGUUCGAACAUGCUUAAGAAGGCGGCAAAAUUGGAGUGGCUUCAGGCGAACAUCAAUGUUUACAGGAGAAAGGAUCUGUCACGUAUUGAUAGCAUUAAAACAUUCCUUACUUAAUUGAAUGUCUUGUUCCAAAUGCGCUGUACAUUUAACGCACGCAAAAUCAACGUCGAGCAAACAUUAAAAACGUAAAUGUACGUUUUGCAAGACGUGAGCUUCAACUAUGUGGCGCGUUUUCUUGAAAAUAUCGUGUCCUCUCUUGUUUCGUUGUAACAUGACAUAGACGUUUGAUUUUACAGUUUUUAAUGCAUUUAAAUCUCUUUUUUUGAAACUCGUAAAUAUUUAUGAUUUUGUUUUUGUUUACUGUGAAACCAUUUAUUUUCGUCAGCACGAAAUUUCGUCCUUGAUUGUUCGUUAGGAUCUUGAAUUCGUCCAUAGUUCGAAGGACGAAAAAGACGAAAAUUAAUGUCUUACGAAUAAUAAUGGUUUCACAGUAAUUCUUUAUUUGUUCAUGCCAUAACAUAAUUAAAAUGAGCCCCGCUCUGGGUAAGCGGGGUUUAAUGCAUGUGUGUUAAGUGUCGUCCAAAAUAUGACUGGGAAAGCGGGGUUUAAUGCAUGUGUGUUAAGUGUCGUCCAAAAUAUGACUGGGAAAGCGGGGUUUAAUGCAUGUGUGUUAAGUGUCGUCCUAAAUCUGACUGGGAAAGCGGGGUUUAAUGCAUGUGUGUUAAGUGUCGUCCUAAAUCUGACUGGGAAAGCGGGGUUUAAUGCAUGUGUGUUAAGUGUCGUCCUAAAUAUGACUGGGAAAGCGGGGUUUAAUGCAUGUGUGUUAAGUGUCGUCCUAAAUCUGACCUAUCUGACCUAUCUGACUGUGUGGAAAUAUUUUUUCCCGUUAUAUAAGACAUGUAUGACUAUUAUGAUAUUAAAUGUGGGAAACACACAGCCAAUGUGCAAUGCUACACAUUUUGAAUAAAAAAAAAGUUUUAUUCGGUGGCCA